AAGCUUGCAACAUGGCGUCCCGAAGGCUGUGAGAUGAGCAGGAGGAUGGUAAAGAACGCUUGAGAACGAUCCUACCGAUGUAAGAAGCUUUAGGUGGUGCUCGUGUAGGAAGAGAGUGAGAGAGAGAGAGAGAGUGAGAGAGAGAGAGCGAGAGAGAGAACGGAAAGAAGGAAGGUGGAAAUGGAACUGCCAAAUCAUGCCAAACAACUGCUGCUGCAACUCAACCAGCAGAGAGCCAAGGGCUUCCUGUGUGAUGUCAUCAUUGUGGUGGAGAAUGCGCUCUUCCGGGCCCACAAGAACAUCCUCGCGGCAAGCAGCAUAUACUUCAAAUCUUUGGUCCUUCACGAUAACCUCAUUAACCUCGACACAGAGAUGGUUAACCCCUCUGUAUUCAGACAAGUUCUGGACUUCAUCUACACUGGGAAGCUCCUGUCCUCGUCGGACCAGAGCAACGAGCAGAACUUCAGUGCCCUCUUAACCGCAGCUAGCUACCUCCAGCUCCAUGACCUCGCUGCACUUUGCAGAAAGAAGCUCAAGCGCAACGGUGGGAAACCACUGCCAGGCAAACCCUCCACUCCAGGUCCCCUCAGCCGCUUACGCCUCAACAACCAGCGCCUUUCCUCUUCUACACCUGCUGGCCCCAAAAACCACUAUCCUCCUACCCCUUCUGAUGCCGACCAGCCACAGCCAGACGAAGGCCUUCGGGACAAACUCUCAGAUGAUGAGAUGUUUGUUGGCAGCUCUGGGAGGAAUGGGAACGGGGGAAAUGGCAGCAGUAACGGUAACCUCAGCAGUGGAGGAAGUGCUGGAGAGCCAGACCUUGGACUAGACCUGUCCAAGAAGAGCCCUCCCUCUGCAGGCACAGUCACUGAUGCCCUCAGCCCACACAGCAACUCCCAAGAAUCCCCUCAAUCUGCCUCAGUAUCCACAACCAACAGUGCCUCACUGGAUGACUCCUCCACCACCUUACCAGGUGUAGAUACCUGCGGAUCCGAAACCACGGAGCUCAACUCCUCAUCCAAAGCCUCAGACGAAACCCAAAACCAGCCUGAUGGCCCCCCACCCCAAAAGAAAUCCAGACAGGGUGCUCGCAAGAAUGAGUGGCCUAAGAAAGAGGCGUCAGGGUUGAAGUCUGAAGACCACGACAGGCCCCUGGUUAACGGGGUGAUUGUGGGGCCUAAAGAACGCUCUGGGGCCGGAGGGGGCAGUGCUGGCAGCUUCACCUCUGACAAGUCCUUCCAGUGCAAAGAUGACGAAGAAGGAGGGGAGAACGGCCAGGACCACAGUGACGAGAGCGGGCAAAGCGAUGGCGAGAGUGCAGGAGGUGGAGGGGGAACUGGAGGGGGGCACGGCGCCAACUAUGUUUACCGGCAAGAAGGUUUUGAGCCAGCAUUUGGAGACAACCUCUAUGUGUGCAUUCCCUGCGGGAAAGGCUUCCCCAGUUCUGAGCAGCUCAAUGCCCAUGUGGAGACGCACACGGAGGAUGAGCUCUACAUUAAAGAGGAAGGAGGGACCUUUGUGAAAGAGGAAGAUGAGGAAGAGGCGGAGGACCUCUCUGCCCCUGUGGGUCCUUCGACCUUUGGCUCGGAAACACGUCCGUUCAAGUGUACAGUCUGCAGUAAGAGCUACAAAGACCCGGCAACGCUGAGACAGCACGAAAAGAGCCAUUGGCUGACCAGGCCUUUCCCCUGCAACAUCUGCGGCAAAAUGUUCACCCAGAGGGGCACCAUGACACGCCAUAUGCGCAGUCACCUCGGCCUCAAGCCGUUUGCAUGUGAAGAGUGUGGCAUGCGCUUCACACGCCAGUACCGUCUGACGGAGCACAUGCGUGUCCACUCUGGGGAGAAGCCGUAUGAAUGCCAGCUAUGCGGGGGGAAGUUUACCCAGCAGCGCAACCUCAUCAGUCACCUGAGAAUGCACACCUCACCCUCUUAGAAAUGCAUCAAGCCAAAGAACUCUGGGAAUAUAAAAACAGAACCAUUUCUCUAGCUUUUUUUCCAUCUCAACUACAAAGAAACGCACACGUGCACGUUCACAAGCAGACACAGACAAUUCAAAAUAAAACAAAAAAAUCCAGUUUACGAUGCCCUGGCUAAUUGAAUUGAUGUAGCUGUUAGCCAGGGGCUCUUGGUGAUGGUGGGAUCUUGUGUAUGCAAGGAUCAUGUCAUCAUUUAUAUCAAGCGAUGUCUGCUCACCUCUCAGGAGUUCUAGAGGGACACUGACUCCUGUCUCUCUCCAAAGUCACAAAGCCAUGGUGGAGUGGCAAGACUUCUGGUCUGUGUUGCAAGUCUGUCAAAUGUGAAUGUGGGUACUGAUAUCAUGUCAAGCCCCCCCCACCCCCCACCUCAUAUCCCUCAGCAGCCUUUUCUCUUCUACCUGUGAGUCUUUUGAGUUUUUCAGACCUCGAACUGAUUAACUCUGGAUAGUUUCCCAUCUGUUCUCCUUUGCUAUUUUGACCAAAAACCCGUGCAACCAAUACUGGCAAUAAUUCAGCAAAAAGAUUAUUUCUACCUUGACAGCUUUAUAUCCUUUGUUAUGUUGGUGAUGGGGAUCUGUAUGUUAGAGGAGGGGUUACUGGGUUUGGGACCAUCUCCAUGCUUUAACUGAAAGUUCUGAUAGAAGGUUCUCGGUGGGAUGACAUUGGAUGACUUUUAGUUUUGCAGAUAAAGAAUACACAAAGUCCUUCUUACAGCUGUAAUAUAGAGGACUUCAUUUGUCUUUUGGGUUUUGACUGCUAGUGCUCCCAGGAGUGAAUCCUGGUAAGAUGAACCCUUUUGAGGUACUUGUUUUACUUAAAGAACUUGUAAUGUUUCAGUGAAUGUUUAAACUGGAAGGUCUUGGG